AGCGCUGCUUCUCUUAUUAAAGGGCUGCUCACCUUUCUGUCAUCGUAGACUUUCCAACCACUUUGAGCGUAAAGUGUGUCUGCCCUUCAGGCUAGGCUGGUGUUAUAACUUCCGCCUAAGAUUCAGUCAUCCUUUGAGCCACUAUGAAGGUGGAUCACGUUGACAACGUCUACACCUCCUGUAGUUGCAACCGGAGCCCUCAUUGUCUGGCGUGGAGUUCGCAAAAUUUGAUUUAUUACGGAUCGUGCAAUUCCAUCGCAGUCUAUGAUCACGAAAAGUUGAAAGUCCUUCACACCGUGCAAGGCCAUGAACAAGAAGUGCGAAGUGUUCAGUGCAUCAGGACCAGUCGAGGGAAUUUUAUAAUCUCCACGUCAAGCGACAAAUCUGUAAUUGUUUGGAAAGAAUGCGCGCAACUUGGCCUUAGACGUGUGGCCACCCUGAAGGGACACUCAGGAGCAGUGACAGUCGCGCAUGGAAUUGAAAAUGAUGGACAGUUACUAGUAGCCACCACUGCCACUGAUCUUUCUGUGAAAAUUUGGACAGUGCCCUUGUCAGAACAGGAUUCGUUAGAAUUGGACUGCAAUCAAAUAUUGAAGGUUGGCUCAGGAUUCUGUCUUGAUGUGCAUUUUUGUGCCUUGCCAAGCUGCCAGCAAGUUAUCUUGGCCUGUGCCCAGGAUGAUUUUAAAAUUGGACUCUAUUCUCUUGACGCUGAUGGUCAGUUUGUGAAAAAGGAAAAUUUGGUCGGUCACGAGGACUGGAUUACUUGUUUGGAUUCCGUUACGAUAGGAGAUGAUCUUUUUAUUUGUAGCGGCUCCCAAGACACUUAUGUUCGCCUGUGGAAGAUUUCCGUUUGUUCACACCUACCAAAGAAACUACACGAGCUUGGUCCUGAGGAGGAUAUUGAGGUGGAGGAGAAAAUUUUCAGUAUCGGGAAACAGAUGUAUUCUCUCAAACUGGAAAGUGUGCUCAUGUGUCACAAUUCUUGGGUGCAAUCGGUUGCCUGGAGCUGCAAGAGUGCAGCAGAUAAUUUUGGCUUUUCGAUCUUGAGCUCUUCAACUGAUGGAACAAUCUGUGUCUGGACCAAAAGCUCGGAUGUGGACUUGUGGAUGCCUAAUCGUCUUGGCAUUUUGAAAGAAGAUUCAAUGGAAAUCUUGGGUUGUGUUUGGAACCCGACCGGAAAUGCAAUCUUGGCCCACAGUCUUCAUGGCGCACUCCACCUGUGGAACAAAGUCGAAGGAACUUGGACUGCCUCAUUUACAGUGGGUGGAGGCCACUUUGCUGAAGUAUCUGACCUAAUUUGGGAGCCAAAUGGGCAUUUUUUAUACACCUGCAGUGCGGACCAGACAACAAGAAUUCACGCGCAGUGGAAAACCCAUAAAGAGGAACUUUGGUUUGAACUUGGUCGGCCUCAGGUGCAUGGCUACGACUUGAAUUGUGUCGCGUCUGUUUCAAGAAGCAUGUUUGCAUCUGGUGGAGAUGAAAAAAUUGUCCGUGUCUUCAAAACAUCAAAGCAGUUCCUCUCAUGCGUCCAGCAAUUGUGUGACGUGGAUCUGAAAGUCGAGGGACAGAUUUCUGACGCUGCAUCUCAACUGGAACUGGGCCUUUCCAACCUGAGUGUGACAGAGACGCCAGACUCAAAUCAGGCUUUGAUCUUUGAAGGCAUUGAGAAUUCUAAAGAUCCAAUCCGAGAAGAGCUCUUGUGGAAGGCAACUUUGUGGCCUGAAGAAAGGAAAUUAUACGGUCAUGGAUUUGAGUUGCACUGCCUUGCUGCCAGCCGCUCAGGGAAAUAUUUGGCUUCAGCGUGUAGAGCAAGACUCAAAGACCACGCUUUUAUUAUAAUUUGGGAUGCACAAAAAUGGGUUGAAAUCCAGAAGCUGUUUUACCACGACCUGACAGUGACCCAACUGGAAUUUUCUCCCGACGACUCGCACUUAUUGGCAGUGUCUAGAGACAGAUGCUUGAGCGUAUACAAAAAUGUUGAUGAUGAGCAAGCGCCUUUCCAGCUUGUGUUUUCGACAAAUAAAAAGAACUCUGUGCACACGAGAGUGAUCUGGUCGUGCAGCUGGUCUCCAGAUAGUAAAUUUUUUGUAACUGGCUCACGUGAAGGCAAAGUUGUUGUCUGGGAAGUUGGUGCUGAAUUUCAAGUUAUCGGAGCUCAUCUGAAUCUGAAUCAAGCGGUGACAGCUGUUGACUUUUGGCACCACAGAACAGACUAUAUCAUUGCUGUUGGGUGUGAAAAUGGGAUCAUCCAUUUGUGCAAUUGGAAGUCGGUGGAAGAAAAUUGGACCCUUCUUUACAGCUUUGAUCAAAGGAUUGCUCAUCACAAAGCUAUUCGUCGGCUAGCAUUCCAGCCAACUGAAGAUUCUGCCCAUGGUGUCUGCCUUGUUCUCGCCUCAUGCUCCAAUGACUGCUCUGUAAAACUCUUUAAAAUCUGUCUUUUGGACGAAUAAUAAAUCAACUAAUGUGAGUGUAGCACAAA